AUGGCCGUGAUCAAUGGAGAUGAGAAUAAUAAUACAGAGUCUCUAUCAUCAGGAAUCGAGAAGAAAACUAUGGACGAUAUAAGGCAAGGAGAUCUGCUCGAUGGUGAUGCGGCUCGAGCUCCCAUUGUGGACGCCCUUGCAUCAACACCCAAAGUAUCAUUCAAACCAUUGACAUCGGCAUUGGAACCUAUACUACCAUUGAAUGAUGCUACAAGAACAGUGCCGAGUUCCAAACCUAGUAAAGAUCAACUGAACUCACACCCCACGUCACCCGACACAUUACUCGUCGACUCUCCAGAAUCGAUUGGUAUAAAUGCUAAUCAACUCCCCAUACGUCAAAAUGUUGCAUCGGGUAUAAUACCAGGGCAAGCAAAGAAGCGACCUAGCUCAGUUGGAUCUGCUGCAUUGGUUGUCUCCGCAACUGCUGGUCCCUCAGAUGGCCCAAAUAGACGAGUAUCCCAUUCCGCCAAUAAUACUAAAGGGACUAGUAUACAAUCACCAGCUACACACCUGCUUACUCCUGAAGAUGACUCUAAGAAGUGGAAGGGUGUUAAAAGGAGCAACACUGUUGGAUCUGAAAGUGGUGGAACUAUGGAUGGAGCCAUGAUUGCUGCUCCACCAUCGGCAUCUGACGCACGAAGAAGGCCUUUGUCUAGAGCACGAUCUGAAAAGGAAGUUUUGGUUGGUACUCCGGUCAAGGAGGGUCAUCCCAAUUACAUGCUCAUGUACAACAUGUUGACGGGUAUACGAAUCUCGGUUUCUCGAUGCAAUGCCAAAGCAUGGAGGGAUUUGACCGCUGUAGAUUUCAGUGCUGCUCAUAAAUUAGCGUUUGAUGUAACUGGUAACGAACUGACUCCCUCAUCAAAGUAUGAUUUCAAGUUCAAGGAUUAUGCUCCAUGGGUGUUCCGUGCGACCAGAGAUAUAUUUCACGUGGAUCCAGCUGAAUAUCUAAUGUCAGUAACAGGAAAAUAUGUCCUGUCUGAGCUAGGAAGUCCAGGAAAGAGUGGUAGCUUUUUCUACUACACCCAAGAUUAUCGAUUUAUCAUCAAAACCAUUCAUCAUUCUGAACACAAAUUCAUGAGGAAGGCAUUACGUGCCUACUAUGAGCACGUCAGAAACAACCCACAUACCCUCAUGUCACGUAUAUUCGGUCUGCAUCGUGUCAAAUUACCAGGAAACCGAAAGAUUCAUUUUGUGGUUAUGGGUAACGUCUUCCCGCCAAACAAGGAUAUCCAUGAGGUGUAUGACUUGAAAGGCUCAACAGUUGGUCGUAUUGUGCCAGAUGAUGUAGUGAAGAGGAAUCCCUCUGCUGUUAUGAAAGAUUUAAACUUUUUGCAACGUGGACAAAAGAUAAAAUUGGGUCCAGCCAAGAGUUUGAUGCUGAUUGAACAGAUUACCAAGGAUGUGCAGUUCCUUGUAGCUAUGAAGAUUAUGGACUACUCAUUGCUGAUUGGACUGCAUGACUUGAUUAAGGGCAACAAGGAUAAUAUUCGUGACACCACCUUGACAGUUUUUGAGCCAAAUGCUGACACUAUUGCCAGAACACAACAAAAGAGAAGCAGCAAAGCGAACGCUAUACGACGAGCUUUGGCAGAUGCUGAACCAACUCAGCUGGGUCCCUCAGAAACGAGGUUGCCGGAUGAAGCUCCUCCAGAACGCCGAUACUGUGUCUUUUAUCAAGAUCAAGGUGGUUUCCAAGCCACUGAUGAAAGCAACCAACCUAUUGAGGAAAUUUAUUACUUGGGUAUAAUCGACAUCUUUACCAAGUACGAUGCAGUCAAGAGGAUUGAACAUACUUUCAAAUCAAUUACCCAUGACUCGCAUCAAAUCUCUGCAGUCAACCCAAUAGCAUAUGGUGCUCGUUUCCUCAACUUUAUGAAAGAUGCCAUCAAGAACUUCAACGAGUCAUCAAUGGCCCCAAUAACACCUAUGAAAAUGAUGGAGAUGGCUGCCGCUGCCAUGGUGGCUCAACAAGCUCAUCAGAUUGACUUUAUAGAAAUCAAUAACAAUCUCGUAGACAACUCCACGCAAACAUCAGAAGAUAACAAUUACCGACGAUUGAAGAUCAAGAUUGAAGAACUAGAAGAACUAUUAUUGGAUGCACGAAACGUUUUAUUGGAUACACGAAAACGACCAGAAUCUCUUAUGGCAGGCAUAACACCACCGCAAACGCCACUUCCAGUUGAUGAAGCACUCGAUGGAUCUCUAUCAACAGCAGCACCUCCUCCUCCCCCUAUGCCUCCUCCAUCCAUGUUUCAACCACAACCGUUGAUCAUCAUCAAAACGCACUCGAAAACAGGGACAGUUCGGACUUCAGGACAAAACAAUGAUAUUAUGGGUGCCGUAUUACGUGAAUUGGCUCAACGAAGUGCUCAACAAAGUGCCAAACCGAGGGCUCUGACGACUCCGAUUGCCGCAAGGAGUGAGAAUAAGGAAAACGAGAACAUGAAGACGCCGACAUCAUCAUUGAGGAGCCACAUACCAAUUCCAAAGAGUCGUAGUCGUGGUGAAACGCCACAUACCCCAUCUCUUUUGAAAGAAUUGGCAGGCCAUAAGCUGAAGAGUACAAACGUUCCGAGGAGUCCUGGAGGCACUACUAUUCUACCCAACUCUCGCAAGAGGAGGACGAGUUUUGUCAACUGGAAUGAAGUUGCAGUUUCUGCCAUGAGGAAGAAGUUCCGAAAUGCCUAUCCAAAAGAAGAGGAAGAACAGGCUGAAGAAGGCUGGCCGGAUGAUGAAGAUUAUACUCCCGUCAAGUCCACGAGGAAAGAAAAGUAG